ACUGCACACCGCCCUUGUCCUUCUUUUUCUCACUUACGACCUCACGAUGUCAGGCAUCUGCAGAGCUCGGCUUGCUGAAGAGCGGAAGCAGUGGCGAAAGGAUCACCCAUUUGGAUUCUACGCGAAACCAACCAAGGCUGUGGAUGGCUCCAUGAAUCUGCUCGAAUGGGAGGUCGGCAUCCCAGGAAAGCAAGGGACGCCAUGGGAAGGAGGUGUCUAUAAGCUCGUGAUGACAUUCCCCGAAGACUACCCUUCAAAGCCUCCAAAGUGCAAAUUCGCGCCGCCUCUGUUCCACCCCAACGUGUACCCAUCUGGGACUGUGUGCCUCUCGAUCCUUGACGAGGAGAAAUCUUGGAAGCCGGCAAUAACUAUUAAGCAGGUCCUUCUCGGUAUCCAAGAACUUCUUAAUGACCCCAAUGUCAAUGAUCCCGCGCAGAGUGACGCAUAUACCAUGUUCAAGAAUGACAAGCAGGCAUAUGAACGACGUGUUCGUCAACAGGCGAGGGAGAACAUACCGAAGUAACGUAGAACAUUCGGUGGUUCAGUUUUCGCUCUUUGUAGCUGUAUAUGCUGGCUAGCUCUGUUGACAUCAUCUUGUAGAUCAUAUUACCCUUUUGCUUUCGUAUAUCGCUUUCCCAUCACGUUAGGUAUCCCGGUGUACGGUAGUCACACGCUGACACAUGUCCAGACCUGGUCUCUGAAUUAUACAUCCAUACGUAUUCUACACUAGACUCGCCAGCCAGGUCCAGUCGCUGCGCUCCGUGGGGGACCACGUGCGUCUUACUGCAGGUUUCACAAGAAACCGGCAUGGGACGAGCCUAGUUCUACACCAUGCGCUUGUCUAUGGACCGCUUAAUGGUCUGAAUGAGACUCGAGAGCUCUUUGUUUUCGUUUGUGGUGACGCUCGCGGCGAUCACAGGCCUGGAGACACCGCAAGCCCUGCCAAGAGCAGCCUUCGAUGCAACGAAAAUGUAUGAGACGUUCUUCUCCUCGCAAAGAAGCGGAAGGUGGAGAAGAAUCUCGAGGGGCUCGGUAUCCUCAGUUAGGACGAUAAUUUCCGCAAUACCACGGUUUAGGGUCUUGGUGGCUUCGUUAGCACCUUUCUUCAGCUGCUUAUACUGAGAAGCCUUCUCAACGAGAUCAAGGAUCUGGUCAUUAAGCUCAGCAUCAGCGACAGGCCAAGCCUUAGGGCGGGAAGAAGGGUCAGACAUGUUUUAUUUACGACCUCACGAUUGAAGAUCCUUGGUCGAAGGUGGUCAGUUGACGGCUCUGGUGAGCUAGAUGGAGAGCUGGAGAAAGC